AUGACCUCUUUUCAUCCCGUCAACACCUCGGCUGCGACCGACGACCACACCAUGGACGGUACUCAAACACCUCGUGCAAACUCGAUCGGCGUCUCGGUCACAUCAGAUCGAUCAUCCCCCGCAGAUCAAUCAGCCGAUGCCGUCGGCAACAAGUCCAGUCGAGGAUCGGGCUCGGCGCGACCUUCCGCCCCGGGACAUGCAAGAACGAGUUCGGUGGUAUCGGAGGAUGCGAUGAACGUUGACUCGGAGGGUGAGCGCGAUGGAUCCGACCAAGAGACCGAACUAGGCGGCGCACCGCCAUCGAAAAAGAAGAAGGGUCAGCGCUUCUUCUGCACGGAUUUCCCCCCUUGCAACCUCAGCUUCACCCGCAGCGAACAUCUGGCUCGCCAUAUCCGGAAGCACACGGGCGAACGUCCCUUCCAGUGCCAUUGCUCCCGACGGUUCUCGCGACUGGACAACCUACGCCAGCAUGCGCAGACAGUGCACGUCAACGAAGAGAUUCCAGGGGACUCGUUGGCCGCGACGGGAACUCGGUUUCAACGCCAGGUGCGCACCGAUCGAUCGGAACCUAUCGACCUCGAGUAUCGCGUCCACCGCAUCCACGUUCAGUCAAGCGCCCGAGCUUCGUCGACGACCUCCGCCACUCAUCAUGGCGAACGACCCCGCGGGUCGAGCACGUCUGGGCUUAGAGCCGAUGGAGAACCUCCCAGCACGCCCCCCGGUCAAAGUCGUGGGUUGCCCGGUCCUUCCGCUGGCGGAUCGCCCUACACCCCCUCACAUGCGUAUGCCGCUGGCCCCGGCGCCAGUCCUCAAUAUGCCUCUCCCAUGUCGUCUGCCGCAACGCAGGGUUUCUGGGAGGGGAAGACCGCAGCCCGUCGACUGUCCGUGCCUUCCAGCAGCAAUCCCUUCCUGGCCCAGCAUGGCGGCACAUACCCUCCACCCUAUGGCUCACCGGCGGUCCAUCAUCCCUACGCGAAUGCGGCCGGAGUCUUUGCUAGCCCGACAAGCACCAACUACCCGGCAUCCCGAGAUGAAAGCACAUUGAGUGCUGCGGAGGCCGAGAUGCGGAGACGCACAUGGCACCCGUCAACCUAUCCCGUCGGUCCUACCACCGAUCAACCACCGCGGCUGCCCGGCAUUGAAAGCUUCGACAAGGUUGUCUCCCAACAGCGGCCCCUCACGCCACCCACUCGCAAAUCGAGCCCGAUGUUGGUUGAUAACCAUUACCGGGCUCCUCCCCCUCACCAACCUCCACCCACUCAUCACUUCGGGUCUGGCUACAAUUACGCGGCUCCGCUGGUGAGGCCCGCCCCUCCAAUCUCUGGCCCUGGUCACCGACGCGGUCAUGUAUCCUGGGACAUGGGCCUGCAUCACAAUCUCACCGGCCUUGACAUCCGAGACCGACGAGGGUCCCGCGACGCCAGCCAAUGGAGUCAGCAGACCAUUGCCGAACUCCAGAGCGUGUCCUCACGGCCUUCGUCUUCCUAUCAGCCGACCUUCCCGCCGACCGCCGAACGCAGCCCCGAGAGGCACCGUGGGCAUGGUGCGAACCUGUCCACUAGUAGUCGGCCGGCGCAGAUGUCCCCCGAAGAUUCCAGCAGCAGUGAAGGGGUCCAUACUCCAUCCACGGCGUCGGUUGAGUACCAUCCGGCCAUCGUCCACAGCAGUGGCUACAUUGAGCCACACGACUCCGCGUUGCCAUCCGAACACCCCCAACCGAUCUGUGGACGACAAGCAUCUCAUUCUGAUCGCUACCCGGGUCAUGCUGAUCGAGAGCCCCGCACCGAUGUUUAUUCGCACAUGCCUCCGCGUGAUAAUGGCAUGGGUCGACUCGAGGCUUUGGUGGCGGUUGCGACCAGUGAGAACAAGAGUGCCGCCCGCAUGUACAUGCUUGGGAUCCCCUCCGUCCCUCCCAGCCCCCUCCACCCCUUUUUCCUCCCUCCGCGGUCCCGUUUCCAUCUGAAGAACAAUUUCAAUUCUCUCCGACUUUGCAGCACCGUCACCUCUGGCCUUUUGACCACCCCUCACGCCCUCGUGUCCUCGUCACCAUCUUUUGUACUGGCGAGGUUAAAACCUGUCUCGUUUCUCUUUCCCAUCUCACCGCAGGAAACAAUUGCAACCACCUGGGUGAAAGGCCUCUCCGCCAUUGACGAAUUAAUGACCUUGACGACCUGA